AUGGCCGACCGCGUCCAAAGCUCAUUUGACCUGGACGGCGGCUUGGACGGCUUCGAUCUUGGGAAUAGCACGCUGGGAGAUGGCAACAACCUUGUGAAUGGCUUGCCUGGUAGCGACUUCGGCAAUUCACCCGCGUCAGCUACCGCUGGCUCGUCUACGGGGGGUGUGAAUGCCGCUCCCGCAGGUGGGACUCCAUUGGGCUCACCUACGGCUGUUACCGCCUCAUCCCACCAGCAGCACCAGCCCGCUUUCUUCCACCCCGUCGCCGCCUCGUCAUGGGUCUUUCAGGACACACCACCGUAUGACUUCCCCGUUGGUGCUGCGCCGCAGCAACAGUGGGAAUUCCCGCUCAACCUGAACCAACCACUUCUCCAACAACAACUGUCUUCGUAUCUCCAGCCCACCGCUCCCGCUGUCAACCGGAAUAUCGCGCCCGUCACUGGUGCGGCAAAUGUUUCCUCGGUAGCAUCGGCUUCUACGCAUACCCGCAACGUCCAGAACACGCUCACGCCCGCACAGCGUGAGCUGCUCAAGACCAUCGCCAUGCCCCAGCAUCUUCAAUACGGCUCCCCUCGGAGUGCUGGCGGCAGCCCGGAGUCGGCCUCAAGCGGCCAGGACAUCAAGGCCGGCGCCUCAUCUCCGGAGACCGCCGAGCCAUCUAAGACCAAUAGUCGAAAGCGAAAGUCGUCUGCGGAGGUGGACGAUGACGAUGACGACGACGAGCUCGAGCAGCCAGUGAAGAAGACAGCGCAUAACAUGAUUGAGAAACGCUAUAGGACCAAUCUCAACGACAAGAUCGCGGCUCUGAGAGAUAGCGUCCCGUCACUGAGGAUCAUGUGCAAGAGCGCUCGGGGAGAAGACACAACCGAGGACAGAGAGGAGUUGCAUGGCUUGACGCCUGCCCACAAGCUGAACAAGGCGACGGUCCUCAGCAAGGCCACCGAGUACAUCAGGCAUCUGGAAAAACGAAAUAACCGCCUAGUGGAGGAGAAUAACAAUAUGCAAGCGAGGAUUGCGGCAUUUGAGAAGCUGUUCAUGGCCGGUGCCAUGACGGGCCAGUUGCCAAAUCCUCUCCAGCAGCAGCCACCUACACCGAUCCAAUAUCCCCAGGAUGCCACGCCUUUCUUAGGCACGCCACUGGGAACACCAGUGGGACCGGACCCGCCAGGAUUGAUCCCCAUCCCGGACGACAUGAAGCGCAUCCUGGCCGCCCAGCAGAUGAACGCCGGCCGCCCGUACCCAGUGCCGGCUCAACACUUUGGCCAAAAUCCGGCGCUGCUGCGGCAGCAACAAAUCCAACAGCAGCAGCAGCAAGCACAGGCGCAGGCGAGCCGGUGGAACCCGUACCUCGGAAAACUGAUGGUGGGUUCUCUGGCCGGGUUGAUGCUGAUCGAGGCGCUCGCCGAAAACGAGCAGAGCAGCGAGACGACUCAAGGGCGUGGUCUCUCCAUGCUCCCCGUCCGGUAUUUGACCGCAUUUGUCCGAUCUACUCACUUCACUAUCGGAGGCUACCACCUUUCGGCGAUGGACUUGAUUGCCAGUCUGAGACUGGUCUCACUUCUUGGGUUCUUCUUGUGGAUCGCUUGCUCGUCAUUCCUUGACACCUCCGUCUUCCGACCCUCCCACAAGUCGCAGCGCACCACUUCAGUUGUCGAGGCGGUUCCGUCUCUGGCCUCGCCGAUCCAUGUCAGGAGACAGGCCUGGCUCACCGCGAUCCAGACCGUCUGGGUGCCAAGACACAACUUCCUCCUCGAGGCUGCUGCUCUCUUGCUCAAGACGGUAAAGUACACCUUACGGAACGUUGUCGGCUCCCACGGCUACCUCGCACUUACCGGCCUCAGCGAAGAGCAGGAGGCUGCGCGGAUCAAGGCCUGGUCCAUUGCUUUGGACGCCCAGCUCGCGGGUGGCGACGUCGAGAUCAACAAGAGCCGUCUCACACUGACCCUGAUUGCCUCGGGCACUUUGCCAGAUACCCCACUCCGACUGAUGCUUAAGGCCCUUCAUGUCCGGGUCCUGCUCUGGCGGCUCAACGGCGCCUGCUUGGUAGCCAACCUGAUUGCCGCCAAGCUUGCCAGGUCGAGGUGGGACGAAGCGAGACAGCUGAACCGCAUCCUCAACUCUCUCCCCGAAGGCGAGAAGUCCCCUGACGAUGCGCUCCCGGAGCACCUGGCUGUCUUGCUCGAACAGGACUGCGACGAGGUUCUCAAUGACGACAUCAUCCAACGCGCGCACAACCUCGCCUGGAACGAGCCCACCACGUACAACGUGGUCAGCAAGAUUGACGGUAUGGAUACGGUCGUUGACGACGCCGCCGUGCGCUCGCCGAUGGACGCCGUCGCAGCGUGGUACUCGAACCUAACCCUCCACCGCGUCCUCGUCAACAGCCUGCGCAAACCCUGCGACGACCCCGACGUGGCGUCCAAGUCCGCCGCUGCAGCAGACGACAUCGCACUCGCCGUCAAGGUCGCGCCCAUCGGCUCCAACGCCCAAGUACGCGCUCUCGUCGCCCGUGCCGUGCUCGCCGACGGACGGCGCGGCCCGCACAUCAUUGCCGCGCUGCAGGCGCUCGGCCCGGAGAGGCACACGCAGUAUCAGUACGGCAACAGCAGCAGCAAGAGCGCCGUGCUCCCGCUGACGGCGGCGGUCCCGGAUCCGGACGCGCGCAUGGCGCUGCGCUGCGCGAUGGGCAUCGCACAGCUGCAGAAGUUUGAGCGCCCGCCCUCGGAGGCGUACAUGGUGAUCGACUCGAUCCUGCCUCCCGGCGCCGACAUCGAGGCCAUGUCGCUGCUGGCUUACACGGCGGCGUUCCAUCUGAUGGAGCACCUGUGGCAGCACAGGAUGGCGAGGGAGAUGUGCUCGAGGACGCUGGAGCGUUUGGCCGGUAGCUUGCGGAUAUGGAUUGGCAGCGAGACUGCCGGCGGAGAGAAGGCUGGGGUCGAGGAGGCCAUGCGGAAGAACAUGAUCGAGCAGUGCUUGCAGGUCGCGCGGAAUGUGGUGGGUAUGGUGAACGAUCCGGGAUACGCGAGUAUGACAGACUGCGACGGGGAUGGGGACGGAUGCUGA